AUGAGUGACUUGGACGGAGCGAUCGAGCAGCUGCGGGCCUGCCGCCUGAUUCCCGAGAGCCAAGUCCGCGAACUGUGCUACAAGGCACGCGAGCUCCUCAUCGAAGAAGGAAAUGUCGUAUCUGUCGAUGCCCCUGUCACCAUCUGUGGUGAUAUCCACGGGCAAUUCCACGACCUGAUGGAAUUGUUCCGUGUAGGCGGCGACGUGCCAGAUACCAAUUACUUGUUUAUGGGUGACUUCGUCGACCGCGGGUUCUACUCACUUGAAUCCUUCCUUCUCCUCCUCUGCCUCAAGGUCCGAUAUCCGGAUCGCAUGACCCUAAUUCGUGGGAACCACGAGUCGCGCCAAAUUACCACUGUAUACGGGUUCUACGACGAGUGCAUCCGCAAGUACGGCAGCGCCAAUGUCUGGCGUUACUGCUGCGAGGUGUUUGAUUACCUCGCCCUGGGAGCAAUCGUACUCGGAGCAAGCUCAGAGCUCGAGCCAACCGCCAUGUCAGGCGCGAAUGGAAUGUCUCAGUCGACGAUGCAGAUUGAUGACAGCGAGCUGGAGACGGAGGUGCUCAACUCACGAGGUGAAGUCACCAUGAGCACGUACCGCCCGCGCCAACGGUCCUCGUCCGACACAUCCACAGACUCGCGAAACAUCUCCCCGCCACGCGACAUUUCCGCUGCCCCGGGCCAACCAGCCGCGCCCUCACGACCCGGCGCACCAGGGACAGGCGCCAGCUCCAACGGCAACGGUACCAUGCACACCAGCCGAACAGGCGCCGUGCUGUGCGUGCACGGCGGACUAUCUCCGCUCAUCGACAGCGUUGACAAGAUCCGAAUAAUUGACCGGAAGCAAGAGGUCCCUCACGAAGGCGCCAUGUGCGAUCUCCUCUGGUCCGACCCGGACGAGAUUGAAGGGUGGGGCCUCAGCCCGCGCGGAGCAGGAUUCCUCUUUGGAGGGGAUAUCGUCAAGGCCUUCAACUACCACAACGAUCUAUCUCUAAUUGCACGUGCCCACCAGCUCGUCAUGGAGGGCUACAAAGAGAUGUUCGACGGCGGGAUCGUGACUGUCUGGUCCGCCCCUAACUACUGUUACCGCUGCGGCAACGUCGCUGCUAUCUUGGAGCUGGGCGAGGACGCCAGCAACGGCGGCACAGUCGCCCGCAGUAAUGGUAACUAUGCUCGGAGUAAUGGAAUUUUCAACGACCGAGUCGUCAGCCCCGGUAGGAGGUACCGUGUUUUCGAGGCCGCGGCUCAGGAUACAAGGGGUAUGCCUGCGAAGAAACCGGUUGCUGAUUAUUUCCUGUGA